AUGGAAAUUAUACUGGAUUUCAUUUGGAGAUCCUUGUCACAGCCAAUUUCUGUUGAACCAGUAGAAUUUAACAAUGGUGAUGGCUGGGCAGACAGGUACGACGUGACAGACGGGUACCAGCGUGAAGCUGUUGGUGGAAUAACAAUCAAGCUCCAGUCUCCUGAUGUAAAAUGGUUUGAUGAUUACUACCUACAGCUUCGUCCAGAAACGAAUCACCGAAAUCCAUGGUUUCAGGAAUUUUGGCAGCACAGGUUCCAGUGCCGACUGGAAGGGUUUCCUCAAGAGAACCCUAAAUACAACAAGACUUGCACAAGCCAGAUGACUCUGAGGACACAGCACGUUCAGGACUCCAAGAUGGGCUUUGUAAUCAAUGCAAUAUACUCAAUGGCUUACGGGCUCCACAACAUGCAGAUGUCACUGUGUCCAGGCUACGUGGGCCUCUGUGAUGCCAUGAAGCCCAUCGAUGGUCGGAAGCUCCUGGAAUCCCUCAUGAAGACUAACUUUACCGGGGUCUCUGGGGACAUGAUCUUGUUUGAUGAGAAUGGUGACUCACCAGGAAGGUAUGAAAUUAUGAAUUUUAAGAAAAUGGGGAAGGACUACUUUGAUUAUAUCAAUGUUGGAAGCUGGGACAAUGGUGAGCUGAAAAUGGACGAUGAUGAAAUAUGGUCGGAGAAAAAUAACAUCAUCAGAUCUGUGUGCAGUGAGCCCUGUGAAAAAGGCCAGAUAAAGGUGAUCCGUAAAGGAGAAGUGAGUUGCUGUUGGACCUGCACUCCUUGUAAAGAGAAUGAAUAUGUAUAUGAUGAAUACACAUGCAAAGCCUGCCAGCUCGGCUCCUGGCCCAAUGACGACCUCACAGGUUGUGACCUCAUCCCAGUCCAGUAUCUCAGAUGGGGUGAUCCUGAACCAAUUGCAGCAGUUGUUUUUGCAUGUCUGGGUCUGCUGGCCACCUUGUUUGUUACAGCUAUAUUCAUAAUGUACCGUGAUACUCCAGUGGUCAAAUCAUCCAGCCGAGAACUUUGCUACAUCAUUCUAGCCGGCAUCUGUUUGGGUUACCUGUGCACUUUCUGUCUCAUCGCAAAACCUCAACAGAUUUACUGUUAUCUGCAGCGAAUUGGCAUCGGCCUCUCCCCAGCUAUGAGUUAUUCUGCUCUAGUAACUAAAACUAACCGCAUAGCAAGAAUCCUGGCUGGAAGCAAGAAGAAAAUUUGUACAAAGAAACCUAGGUUCAUGAGUGCCUGUGCCCAACUGGUUAUUGCAUUUAUCUUGAUAUGUAUACAAUUAGGCAUAAUUGUUGCCCUCUUUAUAAUGGAGCCACCAGAUAUAAUGCAUGAUUACCCAAGCAUCCGAGAGGUCUACCUGAUUUGUAACACCACCAACUUGGGUGUUGUAACUCCCCUUGGAUAUAAUGGAUUAUUAAUUUUGAGUUGCACCUUUUAUGCAUUUAAGACAAGAAAUGUCCCAGCUAAUUUCAAUGAAGCAAAGUAUAUUGCCUUUACAAUGUAUACCACCUGCAUCAUUUGGCUGGCUUUUGUGCCAAUAUAUUUUGGAAGCAACUACAAGAUAAUCACGAUGUGUUUCUCGGUGAGUCUGAGUGCCACGGUGGCCCUCGGCUGUAUGUUUGUGCCCAAGGUGUAUAUCAUCCUUGCAAAGCCUGAAAGAAACGUCCGCAGCGCAUUCACCACAUCAACAGUGGUCCGCAUGCACGUAGGGGAUGGAAAGUCAUCUUCAGCUGCAAGCCGCUCAAGCAGCCUGGUCAACCUAUGGAAACGAAGGGGAUCAUCUGGUGAAACCCUUAGGUACAAAGGCAGGAGACUGGCCCCGCACAAGUCGGAAAUAGAAUGUUUCACCCCAAAAGGGAGUAUGGGGAAUGGUGGGAGAGCUACAAUGACCAGUGAAGAAUCUGUUUGCAUUCCAGACUGUAAUCGAUCUGAGUCAAGUAGAGAGGAGAAAAAGGUUCCUGUUAAAGAGGAUGCCCUAACAGUCAAAAAGACUGGAAACUGUGUCAGUCUAAUAGUUCCACAGCAAGACUGUCAGCUGCAAGACCUACUCAAACACUCUAAUGGGAAAUCAGUUUCCUGGGCCCAGAAUGAGAAAAGCAGCAGAGGAGCACACCUUUGGCAGCGGCUGUCAAUCCACAUCAACAAAAAAGAGAACCCCAAUCAAACUGCAGUGAUCAAGCCUUUUUCCAAAAGCACAGAUAGUAGCCGACAUAGUAGCAGCGCUACGUUUCCUGAGGCCAGUGCCAAAACACUUUAUGAUGUUUCAGAAGCAGAAGAACAAUACCCAGCUCAGUACCGACCGCAGACUCCCUCACCUAUCAGCACCCUGAGCCACAGAACUGCCUCCGUUAGCCGAACAGAAGAUGAUGCCCCCACCUUCCAGUCUGAGCCUGCUCAGCGAAGUAGCUCCUCUCAAGGUUCCCUCAUGGAGCAGAUCAGUAGUGUGGUUACUCGUUUCACAGCCAAUAUCAGUGAGCUGAACUCUAUGAUGCUUUCAACGGCCACUCCAGGGACAAUGGUCUCCACUCCUCUCUGCUCUUCAUACCUGAUUCCACGGGAAAUUCAGCUCCCUACAACAAUGACCACGUUUGCAGAGAUUCAACCUCUUCCUGCCAUUGAAGUUAAUGGCGCUUCGCAGUCAACUAGGAAACCUUCAAAUGACAGCAUCAAAGAAGGCACCUCGGAGACCCCAUCAACCAAGCAAGACCUUGAGGAGUUGGUAGCUUUAACUCCUCCUUCUCCUUUUAGAGACUCCAUCGAUUCUGGAAGUGCGUCUCCCAGCUCUCCGGCUUCUGAAUCAGCUCUCUGUAUCCCAUCCUCCCCGAAGUAUGACACACUCCUCAUCAGAGAUUAUACUCAAAGUUCUUCUUCGUUGUGA